UCGAGUUGUGAUAAGAAGUCUGAAGGCCUUAAGUCUUUCCAGGAUGAACUCUUAGUUCAUGUCAGGAGUCUGGAGAACUUGGACAUUACUGGUGAGAGGUAUGGCGUCGUGCUGACACCUAUCAUUGUGUCACGCCUGCCUGAAGUGAUUCGGAUGGAAUGGGCCAGGAAGAGUGCUGGUAAGGAAGCUGACUUGGAGUUUCUGUUAGAGUUCUUGAAGGAGGAGAUUCAGUGCCGUGAACGCUCACAGACAUUCAAGUGUGGUGCAAUGGCCAGUGAUUCUGGAAGAGAGACGGAGAAGAAGAGAGAUCAUCAAGCAGGCCGAUUUGCUGGUCAGAGACAGAGAGUGGCUGCAGCGUCAGUGCUUCACACUGCUGCUGCCAGGUCUAACUGUGGGAUUUGCCAUGACUCCCACCCGCCGGCCAAGUGUCCGGAAUUGCUGAAGCUGGCUGUAAGGGACAGGCCAGGGAAGAUAAGAGACUCAGGUUUGUGUUUUCGAUGCCUCAAGGAGGGCCACAGAGGUAACUCGUGCGGUGCGAGGUGUGAUAACUGUCGAGAGGUUGGCUAUGGAGCUGCGGUGUGCCUGCGCCUGACACUGAGGGACGGCUCGGUGGUGACACCGCUGGUGAUGUCUCGAGCCAGGGUGGCCCCGCUGAAGCCGGUCAGCUUACCCAGGCUGGAGCUGCUUGCCAGCCUGCUGGCUGCUCGUCUGCUCAGGUUUGUCUGUCGCGCUUUGAAGCUCCCCUCUGAGACUCUGUAUUGGUGCUGGACAGACUCUAUGGUGUCACUCGGCUGGAUCAAAGGUGAUCCAUCCAGGUGGAAGCAGUUUGUGAAGAAUAGAGUGAUUGAGAUUCAGAGUUUGACUGAUCCUGCACAGUGGUCUCAUUGUCCUGGUCAGGACAACCCGGCUGACCUGAUCACGAGGGGUGUGUAUGCUGAGGCACUGACUGACUCACCUUGGUUCUCUGGCCCCGACUGGCUGAGUGACUGUGCUGGUGCUGACUUGUUGAGUUCACCUGAGGUCUUGCUGCCAGAGUCUGAGCUGUUCUCAGCAGCAGAAGGUGAGCCGGCAGCAGCAGCUGUCGAGUCGGCCAGUGCUGACGUGUCGAGUUCUCCGGAGUCAGAGCUGUUCGUGGCAGCUGAGGGUCAGUUGGCAGCAGCAGCGGCCACAUCUGACUGUUCGCAGCCUGUGUUUGAGGUAACACGCUUUUCCUCAUUGACCAAGGCCAUCCGUGUGGUUGGACUAGUGUUGAGGUUUAUUGGGAGGCUGAAGGAGAGUAGGUCUCAGAGACUCUCCCAGGGUCGCCACCCUGCCUCCAGCUACCGCAGCCCUUCUUUGAGCUAUGUUGAGUUGUCAGAGGCCAAAACAUGUCUGAUCAAAGUCACCCAGCUUCAGGCAUUCCCUGACGAAUGUCGAGCCCUGAAUAAGGGCAAGUUUGUGGACGGAAAGUCUCGUAUCGCGUCUCUACGUCCAUUCGUUGAUGACAAGGGCCUGCUUCGUGUGAGAAGCAGACUUGCGAACACUGAUCUGACUCUGGGAGAAAAGUGUCCGAUUUUGAUUCCCAAGGGUCAUCUUGCUGACCUCAUGAUCCGUUUCCAGCACGAGCUGCUCAAACACUGCGGUGUUGACACCCUCCUGACGACCCUGAGGAAUGAGUACUGGAUCGUUGGAGGGAGGAGAGCGGCCAAAAGGGUGAAGCGGGCCUGCACAGCGUGUCAGAGGCAAGAUGCUGCUGCCCUCAACGCGCCAGUGGCGCCUCUACCGGCUCAGCGGGCUAGUAAGGCUCCGCCUUUCUCAGUGACGGGCGUUGAUUUUUGUGGCCCGCUCUUCUGCUUGCCCAAGCAGAAGGUGUAUGUCUGUCUAUUCACAUGCGCUGUAACCAGAGCUAUUCACCUUGAGUUGACGGAUUCCAUGUCCCAGUCAGAUUUUUUGCUGGCGUUCAGAAGGUUCUGUGCCAGACGUGGUACCCCUACGAUGAUGUAUUCGGACAACGCCAAGACGUUUAGAGCCGCGGCUACCAGCCUGUUAGCUGAGCUGGGUCCGGCGGGCCCUGAGUGGAAGUUUAUUGCCCCCCGCGCGGCAUGGUGGGGCGGUCACUGGGAGCGGUUAGUUCGUACUGUUAAGAGCUCCCUGAGAAAGACUCUCGGCAGGAGCGUCCUCUCCAAGGUGGAGCUGGAAACGCUGCUUUUGGAGGUGGAGGCCUGUGUAAAUUCUCGUCCACUAACCUUUGUCAGUGAUGAUGUGGACGGAGCUCGGCCUCUAACCCCGAGUCACUUUCUGUCCGGCAGAGUAGCCGGUGUUCGUGCGUUUGUGGUUGAUGAUUCGGACCAGGUUUCAGCGUCGUCCCUGACGGAGAGGGACGUUGAGCACCAGAACAUGUUGGCGAAGUUCUGGAGAGUGUGGCAGACUGACUACCUCCGCAGCCUGCCGCAUUCGGUUAGGAAGUUUAAGUCUCGUGGGAAGCUCCAGAUAGGUUCCGUUGUUCUCAUUCGGGAGGACAAUGUCCCGAGGCUGCACUGGUUGAUGGGAGUAGUAGAACACCUUCAUCCGGGCAGUGAUGGUGUCGUGAGAGCCGCCGACGUCAGGACGGCUCAGGGCGUUCGUACGCGGCCAGUACAGCGUCUGCAUGACUUGGAAGUCUUGGAUUAGGAGUAGCUCAAGUUCCGAUGUACCGUGCCUUUGAUGAAGCGUUGCGCGCAUUGUCAUCGUUGCGAGUGUUAUUUUAUCGUGUAUAUCGUCGUGUGUUAGUAUUAAGUGAAGUGUCGUAUCUCGUUUGCUGUUAGACCGUUAAUGUAUGUUACCGUUCUAACAGGCGGGGAGUGUUACCGAACGUGAAACCGCCGCCGAUUUGGCGGUCGUGGGCGGCUGUUGUGUCCCCCUGGCGGCGCGCCUGGAAAGCUGUAGUUGGAUCGCGAGAGUCGGUCGGUGGCGCCGAGUGGUCGGCCAUGGCCAUUGUCGUUGAUAAGCGUGUGGGAUAUGCCACGUGUCGCUCUCGUAUCGCAAUCGUCGUAUCGUAUCGUGUCGAUGUGUUCGGGUUGAAAAUACGACCUAAAGCUAACGUCA